UUCCCCCCCCCCCACCCCCCAUAUUUUAUUUUUUUUUAUUUGUGUGUGUGCGUGCGCGGGUGUGUGUUUGUUUCUGCAUGAAAAGAGGGGGAUCGGAAGAGGAGUCCUGCGCGGAAACUCUGCGGCGGCGGCGGCGGGCGGCGAGGCGGCGGCGGCAGCAAUGCCGCGGAGAAAGCAGCAGGCACCCCGGCGCUCCGCAGCAUAUGUUCCUGAGGAAGAAUUGAAAGCAGCAGAAAUAGAUGAAGACAGCGUGGAAGAUGACGGGCUGUCUCUGGACAUCCAGGAGAAUGAGUAUUUGUGCAAUGAAGAAGCGGAGAUCAAAGAGGCUCAAAGCUACCAGAACUCCCCAGUCAGCACUGCAACUAAUCAGGAUGCAGGCUAUGGUUCGCCGUUUAGUGAAAACAGCGAUCAGCUGGCCCAUUUCAAAAGCACUUCCUCUAAAGAAGAGAAAGAGGAUCCUCAGUGCACAGACAAUGUUUCCUAUCCACAGGACAGCUUGGCACAAAUAAAAGCUGUGUAUGCAAAUUUGCUUUCAGAGACUUGCUGGUCCAGUUUAGCUUUGGACUUAAAGAAAUCCAAUCCAACCACCAGCAACAACGGAAUCAGCCAGAACGAAAACACGGCCAGUACUGAGGCCAAUGCCAAUUCCCAGAGUACUUGUACUACCAGUACUAACACUAGUACCAGUACAACCACCAGUAGUACUAGUAACAGUAACAGUAACAGUGGUGGCUCAGGUUACGACUGGCACCAGGCUGCGUUAGCUAAAACUCUGCAGCAGACCUCAUCGUAUGGACUUCUCCCAGAGCCGAGUCUCUUCAGCACAGUACAGCUUUACCGGCAAAACAAUAAACUCUAUGGGUCUGUGUUCACCGGUGCCAGCAAGUUCCGAUGCAAAGACUGCAGUGCAGCCUAUGACACGCUGGUGGAGCUAACAGUGCACAUGAAUGAAACUGGACAUUACCGUGAUGACAACAGAGAUAAAGAAGCUGAUAAGACCAAGCGGUGGUCAAAGCCUAGGAAACGAUCACUCAUGGAGAUGGAAGGCAAAGAGGAUGCCCAGAAAGUGCUGAAGUGCAUGUACUGUGGGCAUUCAUUUGAGUCUUUGCAAGACCUCAGUGUCCAUAUGAUAAAAACAAAGCAUUACCAGAAAGUGCCUCUGAAGGAGCCAGUACCAGCCAUCACCAAAUUGGUCCCUUCUACCAAAAAGCGAGCACUUCAGGACUUGGCUUCACCUUGUUCACCUGAGCCAACAGGGAUCACGGCAGAAGCUUCACUGGGUGAGUCUGCAAAGGAUCAGAAAACUGCCAAUCCCUACGUGACUCCGAACAACCGCUAUGGCUAUCAAAAUGGUGCUAGUUACACUUGGCAGUUUGAGGCACGCAAAGCCCAAAUACUGAAAUGCAUGGAAUGUGGCAGUUCCCAUGACACUUUGCAGCAGCUCACUGCUCACAUGAUGGUCACUGGUCAUUUCUUGAAGGUGACCAAUUCUGCUUCCAAAAAAGGCAAACAGCUAGUGUUGGACCCAGUGGUGGAGGAGAAAAUACAGUCUAUACCUCUUCCACCCACCACCCACACAAGGCUACCAGCCUCCAACAUUAAAAAGCAGCCCGAUUCCCCAGCAGGCUCCACAAACUCGGAGGAAAAGAAGGACCUAGAGAAGGAAAAGCUGGUGGACACUGAAACAGAGAAAAAGAUUAAAGAAGAGAGUGAGGACUCCACAGAGAAAUUUGAGCCAACAACUUUGUAUCAAUACCUCAGAGAGGAGGACCUAGAUGAUAGUCCCAAAGGCGGAAUAGACAUAUUGAAAUCCCUGGAGAACACAGUGACAACAGCCAUCAGCAAAGCCCAGAAUGGAGCCCCUUCCUGGGGAGGAUAUCCCAGUAUUCAUGCAGCUUACCAGCUCCCGGGAACAGUCAAACCCCUUCAGCCCGCGGUGCAGAGCGUUCAAAUGCAGCCGUCCUACGCAAGCAGUGUGAAAUCACUGUCGUCAGAACACAAUGCACUCAUCCAUUCCCCAGGCAAUCUCACACCCCCACCUCACAAGAGCAAUGUAUCUGCUAUGGAGGAACUAGUGGAGAAAGUUACAGGUAAAAUCAACGUGAAGAAGGAAGAGAAGCCUUUGGAGAAGGAGAAAUGUUCUCCAGUUAAACCCAUGUCACCUGCUGCUAAAGAAAACAAGGACUUCCCAAAAGCAGAAGAAAUAAAUAACAAACAGCAGCCAAAGAAGAGCUCUGAGUCUGAAGUUCAGAAGGUCAAAAAGGAUAGUCCAGCAGAAGCACAUACGCCAAAUGGUACAGAGCCACUUAAAACAAAGGUUGCAAAUGGCUGUAACAAUUUAGGAAUUAUCACAGAUCAUUCACCUGAGCCAUCCUUCAUUAAUCCAUUGAGCGCUUUACAGUCCAUUAUGAAUACCCACUUAGGCAAAAUUUCUAAGCCGGUAAGCCCCUCUCUGGACCCUUUGGCCAUGCUGUACAAAAUUAGUAACAGCAUGUUGGACAAACCCAUUUACCCAACCACUCCGGUCAAGCAGGCUGAUGCUAUUGACCGGUAUUACUAUGAGAACAGCGAUCAACCUAUUGAUUUAACUAAGUCCAAAAACAAGCCUCUUGUUUCCAGUGUGGCUGACUCUGCCUCGUCCCCGCUGAGGGAGAGUGCCCUGCUGGAUAUUUCUGAUAUGGUGAAGAACCUCACGGGGCGUUUGACACCCAAGUCUUCAACUCCCUCUACUGUGUCAGAGAAGUCUGAUGCUGAUGGGAGCAGUUUUGAGGAAGCUCUAGAUGAACUGUCACCAGUACACAAGAGGAAGGGCAGGCAGUCCAACUGGAACCCUCAGCAUCUUCUGAUCCUUCAAGCCCAGUUUGCUUCCAGCUUGAGGGAGACCCCAGAAGGCAAAUACAUUAUGUCGGACCUAGGUCCACAAGAGCGGGUACACAUCUCUAAGUUUACUGGUCUUUCCAUGACCACAAUUAGCCACUGGCUGGCCAAUGUGAAGUAUCAGUUAAGGAGGACAGGUGGAACUAAAUUUUUAAAGAACUUGGACACAGGACAUCCUGUUUUCUUUUGCAAUGAUUGUGCCUCUCAGUUCAGGACUGCUUCUACAUACAUAAGUCACUUAGAGACACACCUAGGGUUUAGUUUGAAGGAUCUGUCAAAGUUGCCACUUAAUCAGAUUCAAGAACAGCAGAAUGUUUCAAAAGUCCUCACAAACAAGACUUUGGGCUCACUUGGAAUUGCCGAGGAGGACUUAGGCUCCACAUUCCAAUGUAAGCUCUGUAACCGAACUUUUGCAAGCAAGCAUGCAGUCAAACUGCACCUUAGUAAAACACAUGGCAAGUCCCCAGAGGACCAUCUGAUCUAUGUAACUGAGUUAGAAAAACAAUAGCGUCCAGAACUGGUUUGUGAAGAUAUUGUGCAUGCAGUCCUUGGAAGAAGGAGAGCUGUGUAGUACUCAAGGGGUUAGGAAGCCACAACUGUAUAAGUUCAAUAAUAAUUUAAAAAAAAGUAAACCAAGUUGCCACUAUGCCCAUACCCUCUGGAUGCUGAGAAUUGCCACUUUUUGGCAAAAGAAAAAAAAAAAAGAGAAAAAGUAUGCAAGCUGUUAUUUAAAACAAAUGUAAAAAUGCUUUUUUCUUUCCUUUAUUUUCUUUUUUUUCUGUAAAAUACUGCAGUUUAUAGUUAUUUACAAAUGUUAAGCUUUGGUACAAGCUGACCUUUCUAUAGUGUGCUGCAUUGGUAAAUGAAAACAAAAAAAAAAAAAAAAUGGGGCAAAUGUUGGAUUCUGUUCCUUGUAAAUUGCCAGCAUCAGCUUAAAAAAAAAAAUACAUGUUACAUAUCGUACCAUUUUAAACUGUUCAACUUUCUUUGUACCUUCUGGCUGUAUGCUUUCUCUUUUAACUUUUUAUAUUGUCAUUUUAUAUUCGAUUUCUGUGUAUAUAAUGUAAAACCACACUUUUUGAAUAAAAUUUAGUUCCUGCAGCUUGAUAUAAAUAGAGGAAUUUUACUGGCACCUGCAUCUUUCCAGAUGCAUGUACUUAAAGGAACUAUCUGACAAAAAAAUUAAAUAAAUAAAAAUAAAGCAAGCAAUGCACUAUGAAUUAUACAUUUUGAUGUUUUAUCAUUAAUAUUGUACAGUACAUUUUGGUUCACACAAUUAAAUCCACUGUUUUCUCAAGUGUAAAAUAAACCCAC